AUGCUCACAAAAAUGAUGGUCGCACUUUGCAUUCUUGUCCUCCACAUGGCACUUGGAGCCGUUAUUCGGGAGCCAGUUGAUCCAGAAGUUCCAGUCGACUGCUCGACAUUAAACGAGUGUGGGGCAAAUUGGGAUUGUGUUGCGUACUUGAUGGCUCUCUACCGUUUGGAUUGUGUCGCUGGACCAGUGUCCAAGAAAUCGUUCGUCAAUGGAGGUGGAAAGCGUGGUGGAAUGAAGAAUCUUCAGAAAAUCUUCCUCGGAAGUUACAUGUCCAAACUUCGCUGA